AACAGAGACAGCCCACUCGGAGACGUCACCCACUGGACACAAACGCUGACUUCGAUCUGCUUAUUGCCCCCGCCCCUGAUCAGACAAAUAGGAGAGAGAGAUUUCUAUCUCUGCAACAUGGUCUCAGGGCACGGAUUCGCCCAGCUGGGAUAGAAAACGUUUAAGAAAUUUUUAACUGUGUACAAAUGAGCUGCAGAACUAAUUUGAUAUAUUAUCUUAGUUGAAUCCAGAGAAUAGUGUUCUCAUGAGUUCCAGAGAAACACAUGUUGUGGAGAUGGGGGACAUCUUGGCCAAUGAAGCUGAUCUUCUUGGGAUGAUCAAAGAGUAUCUAAAGUUUGGUGAAUUUGAUGACACGGUCCAUCAGUUUGAGAAGGAGUGUAAAGACAAGGGGAAACUUAUUCCAAAAUCCAGAGGCAACCGCCUGCGGGAUUCUAAAACAUUAAUUAUCCAGAAGGACCUGUUGAGCUCAUUUGAUGACGGGGACUUCAAGGUCUUCUUUGAGCUGUGGGAAGAGUACAUCCCCGCAGAGGUCAGGGACUCUGACCCCCAGACCCAGAAAUUGGAGUUUUACCUCCACAUCCACUUCACCAUCUUUCCCCUGAAAAUCCACUUGGGUGGACCUGAGCAGACAGACCGUGACGGGAGGAUCACCCACUUUAAGCAGUACCUGGAGACCCGGGGCGCCACGCUCAGCCAGACCACGGAGUUCCUGCCCUACUAUGCCCUGCCAUUCGUGCCCAGCCCCGCGGUGCACCCCUCCUUCAGAGAUCUCUUCCAGGACACCUGGGUGCCGGAGGUCAGGCGGAAGCUGGAGGCGUUUCUCUCCGCCACGCUGAAAGUCACCAACGCGCCGAGGCUGCUGCUGUUAUACAAGGGCGGCGGAAGUUGUUCCAAAGACACCAUGCAACAGUUGCAGCUUCAGCUCGCAGAGGCAGAGAGGAGAGCCAGCUACUACAUGAGGAGGUUCGGUAAGAUGCAGGCUGACCACCACAGACUCAUAGACGUCACAGCCGAGCUAGUGGAUUCUCUGGAGGACACCGUCAGAGGGAAAAUGGUCUCCCCGGAGUACCUCCAGAGCGUGUGUCUACGCCUGUUCAGUAACCACCUGAGACAGAGUUCAGUGCAGAGUGUCGACUUCACCAGGCCUGGCACCGGUUACUACUCUAUGAGUCCUUAUGAUGACGGAUAUGCUUCCUCGAUGCUGCGGGCGUCUACUGCACCACUUAGGAGGCCUCAGGAGGUUCCCCUGCUCCCCUCUUUGGACUACGACAAGCUGAAGAGAGACCUGCUGGGCGGGUCGGACCGCCUCAAGGCCCUGCUGCUGCAGGCCCUGCGCUGGAGGCUGACCCGUUCUCUGCACGGUGAACAGAGGGACACUGUACUGCAAGCCUACAUCAGCAAUGACCUCCUGGAUCUCCACAGCGCCCAGCAGAAAACCAUGCUUCGCUUGACAAGGUUGAAGAAUGAGAUUGUCAGGCAAUAUAUGGCGCGGCUUAUCAACGCCUUGGCAUCUCUCUCAGAAGGUCGUGCGUACCUGUCCCAGGUCCCCUCCGUGUUGUUGGUGCUCCUGGAGUCCCUGAAAACAGAGGAGAAGGACUCUUUGAGCAGAGAGAACGUGCUGGGGGCCCUGCAGAAACUCAGUCUCAGGCGGAGCCAGCAGUCAGCCAUGAUUGGAGCAGGUCUGAUUGGUUGGUUGGUGGAGGAGCUGCAGGACUCAGAUUGCCUGUCUGACUACACUCUGGAGUACGCCGUGGCUCUGCUCAUGAACCUGUGCCUACGAACCAGAGGAAAAAGGGAGUGUGCCAGGAACGCCAAAAGCAUUCUGAAGGUUCUGACUGACCUACUGGGACACGAGAACCAGCAGAUUCGGCCGUACGUGAAUGGAGCCCUGUACAGCAUCCUUGCAGUUCCUGCCGUGCGAGAGGAAGCCAGGGAGAUGAGUAUGGAAGAGAUCCUCGGCUGUUACAGUAGAGAGGAGAACCCGGAGCUCAAUCGGCAGAUUGAGUUCAUCAUCAAACAGCUCAACUCCGGGGAGGUUCCUGAAGAGGGACGAGAGUCUGACAAUGAAGAGGAGGAGGAGGAUGAUGAUGAUGAGGAGGACAUGAUGGAGACUGACCUGGACAAAGAAGAGGUGCUUCUGCCGCAGCCCAGAGAGCUGUCUGGAGAGACGCUGCUGACCACCAACUACCUGGGGAUCAUGACCAACUUGGCCACGAGGUCGAAGAAGAAGUCGUCAGCUCCUCCUGGUGUUCAUGAGCCUCUGCAGCGACCUGUGACCCCUAGCUCACACCGGAAUGCACUUGCCAUGGACUUCAGAGUGGGCAGCGAGGGCGACAGGGCCGAGGGAGUGUACCAGUUCAGAAGACCGACGAGCGAAGACAGCCUGCCUCCGUCCCGCUACAGCUCCCGCCCCCCCACCCGUUCCGGUAGCCGAGCCAGCACCGACGACGCCCUGCGCCACUCCAUGGAUUCAGAGUGUUGCCAUUCUUCCCAGGAGUCCGUGUUGGUCGGGCCGUAUGAAGGGAGAAGAGCCCCGGAAGGGAAGAGGGAAGAUCGCAACGGACACUCUGCCAGUGAGGACGUCCAUGGUUUUUCCAGCUGCCCCAGGGUUUCCCGGACACCUGGGAGCGACGACGCAGGCGGUGCUCCUCUGAGGGGUCGUGGUCUGCCUCCUCUGGCCCCCCAGUUCUCCCAUUCAGAACCCCAGCAGAGUAGCAGCCGGCCGGGAUCAGCAGGCUCUGUCGGCGGGGGGCGGGGUGAGUGUGAAACUGUGAAGCUUUUGCGCCUCGCGGUUCUUACUCUGCCCACACACACUUUGUGUCUUCCCUCUGUCACACUCUCUCUCAAUCUUACCCUCUCUCUCUCUCAACCUCUCAUACCCAAUUUCGUAACCUCUAUCUUUCACUCUAUCUUACCCUCUAUCAUGCUCUCUCUGUGAUAUAUUCUCUAUCCUUCACUCUCUAUCACACGGUCUCUCUAUCAAACUCUAUAUCAUAAUCUAUCGAACAUUACUCUCUCUGUAGUACUCUGUUAUACUCUCUACUAUACACUCACCGGCCACUUUUUAGCCACACCUAUCUACGAUUGGGUAGGACCCCCUUCACUCUGCUUCAAAGUUAGAAGCCUUCAGAGAUGCUCUUCUGCUCACCACAGUUGCUCACCACUGCCUGGUCAGCUUGAGCGAGUCUUGCCAUUUUCAACUUGAGAACUGACACUAACUUGGGCCAUAUUUACUAGCUAAUGCUAACUGUCGUUAACUUUACUAGCUGAUGCGAAUGGGCACCAACUUUACUAAACUGACGUUAACUGGCUCUAAUUUAACUAACUGACGCUAACUGGUGCUAACUCUACUAACUGACGCUAACCUGCGCUGAUUUUACCAGCUGACGCUAACUUCCUCUAACUUUACUAACUGAUGCUUACUGGAGAUGUUUUAUUUAUCGUCCUGUUUGCUAACUGUAAAGACUGUAAUGCUUAGUGGAAUACAUACAGUGUAUACAUACCACAGCCAGUCAGCAUUCAGGAUUCAAACCCCACGGUUUAUAAGACAACGUAAACCAUGGGUGUGACAUCACAUCACAUUCCUGCUCUAAUUCCAUUAGUAACAAAUUCAUAAGAACAAUAAGGAAUCUUGGGGGUUUGUGGCACACGGACAAUAUACUGUACCACAGCUAUGCGCUACGUCCAGGCAAGAACAGCGCUUGGCUAUGGUAUAUUGGCCAUAAACCACACCCCCUUGUGCCAUAAUCCUUACAUAUACCAUCAAGUUUGCACAGCUUUUUUUGAUGCAAGUGAAACACUUGAGAUGUGUAGAGGCCUGUUAGCCAUUCAUACAACUCAGUCCAGUUUCUUCCUAUCCGACACUUUAUUUUCGCAUGUCCGGGACAGCGGUUAAUGUUGGCUCUUGUUGAGCUAUCCUGUGUUGGGUGCUUGCCGCUAGUCUUAUUGGCUAACGAUGCGAUGUUUACCGGCCCUUCGGCACACCAGGUGCGGAAGUGUCUGGGAAGGAGAUUCUCAUGACAGUCAGAGUUACUUAGCGAGGUGGUGCACAGACGACGUGGCACACAGCCAAGAAGACCAACAUGGCUGUGACCAGAGGAGUUGGCAGGUGAACAAACAGACUGAGAAGUCAGUAUAAGACACACACACACACACACACACACACACACUGCCAAGGGCUUUUUUCUGCUCCUUAUCUAAGUGGUCUCAGUAUCACGACAAGGGUAGAAUUUUCCUUGUUUUGGACAGAAAGAAAGAGUACUGUCUUAACUUAGCGACUCUAAACUCUAGGACAGUGGCUGAUGUGGAGAAACAGCAAGUCAUUUCACAGCGCGUCAUAGCUACAGUAUGGGUACUGGAGAUGGCAGAUAACAUAGACAAUCACAUUUCAAAAGGAUUUGAAAACAAUUUCCUGCACUCCAGUUCAACAGAUCAUCCAGUAGAUGUUAUGGGCAUAGUUUUCAAAACAACGUCAGUCUAUAAUGUCUUAACAACAUAUAUAUUUAGUUUUACUUUCCUCAUAGUGCAUUGAUUAAUAUACUAGAGAGAGUGUGGGUUUUUAGUUUAUGUAACUUUCAACCAAAUUUAUCAUCAAAUUUCAACUUUUUGUAAAUGCCAUAACAUAUUAUUUUCAUAUGUUUGCAUUAUUUAAAGGUGACCACGCAGAAAAAUGCUCAUUAUAAAAAAGUAUAAAAGCCAUUAAGGAAAGAUUUCAUUUGAAACCUCACAAACAGUUUGCUAUUAUUGCAGUUUUCCUAAUGAUAUUCUCUUGUUUGGUCUUUUUGUGUUGCCAGUCUCAAAGUACUCAAAUAUACACCAUACACACUUUCUAAAUAUGCUACCUAAAGGUAACGUUUACCACCUAAACAGUGUAAAGCCCAACAUCAAACCUUGAGAGGCUCAGCAUGGCAUUUCUAUGUUCUUUGAAGAAUCGUCACCAUGCCAGGAGGAUUUGUCCUAGAUUGGGCAAUGUGUACGUACUCUGUGGUAACUACUGUUCUGAUAAAGCUGUCAAACGACUUGAUUAGACAAAGUGAUCAGAUGAUGGUCGGACCUUCUGAUGUUUCUGCGCCGGUAUCUAAGUCACUAGAUAACAUCUCCCUUCUCUCGCUCUCUAACUCUCGCACGCCUCUCGUUCUCCCUCUCUCUCUGUUCUAUCUGGAUCUUAAAUCACAUUUAGAAGGGAUUUGCCUCUGGUCGUUGUGCCCGAUGGCUUCCUGGAAAGACAACAGUUCCCAGUCCACAAUGUGUUUUCAAUUCAUUAUGGAGGUGGGGGAGUUCUCUCUUCAGGAGAAUCGUAGAUAUGACUCCAUAUGGUUGUGGAUGGUGUAGUAGUUUAACUUGUGGCACAGUGGUAUGUGGUACGUGGUAUCUGAUGAAAACCCAAUACCUCAACUUUUAUCUACAUUCAGUUUUUUAUUCUUAUUGUUCUUUCAUACUUCUCCUUGUACUUCAUACUUAACCCUUUAUACUUCAUAAUAUCAUGCGUGCAUGGGUUAUAAAUUAGUCUUAUUCAUCCCCUGUAAUGACAUAGUGGCUAAAGGGUGUUUGUUGAUAAGUGUCUGGUGAAUGUGGCCAUCCAGAUCAGGUUUAUUGGGACACACUCCUCUGACGGAUGGAGGCACUUUGUAAUCUACCUGGGAGGAGUUAGUUACCCAGCCAUGUUUAACUGGGAGGAGUUAGUUACCCAGCCAUGUUUAACUGGGAGGAGUUAGUUACCCAGCCAUGUUUAACUUGGCAACCCACCCACCCUACGGUGCUACACCAGCAAGGGCUGACAUUUUAGGGAACAAAGAGAAACUGGGGGCAUCUUUUUCUCUGUUUACACCGCAAAACUCUCAUCGGUUUCCCCUGGAAACCAUAUUAUCCUGACCACUUACAAAGCAAUACCUCUCUCUCUCUCUCUCUCUCUCUCUCUCUCUCU